CAACGCUCGCGUGGAGAACUGCGCCGUCAUCUACUGCAACGACGGCUUCUGCGAGCUGUGCGGCUACUCGCGGGCCGAGGUGAUGCAGCGGCCCUGCACCUGCGACUUCCUGCACGGGCCGCGCACGCAGCGCCGCGCUGCCGCGCAGAUCGCGCAGGCCCUGCUGGGCGCCGAGGAGCGCAAAGUGGAGAUAGCCUUCUACCGGAAAGAUGGGAGCUGCUUCCUAUGUCUGGUGGAUGUGGUGCCCGUGAAGAACGAGGAUGGGAAUGUCAUCAUGUUUAUCCUCAAUUUCGAGGUGGUGAUGGAGAAGGACAUGGUGGGGUCCCCGGCUCGUGAUACCAAUCACCGGGGCCCCCCCACCAGCUGGCUGACCUCAGGCCGCGCCAAGACCUUCCGCCUGAAGCUGCCCGCGCUGCUGGCGCUGACAGCCCGGGACUCGACGGUGCGGUCGGGUGGCGCGGGCCGCGGGAGCCCCUGGCCUGCCGACCUGACCCCGCUUUGCCUCUCCACCCCAGGGGCCAUGCACCCCCUGCGCAGCGGCCUGCUUAACUCCACCUCAGACUCGGACCUCGUGCGCUACCGCACCAUUAGCAAGAUUCCCCAAAUCACCCUCAACUUUGUGGACCUCAAGGGCGACCCCUUCUUGGCUUCGCCCACCAGCGACCGGGAGAUCAUAGCACCCAAGAUAAAGGAGCGGACCCACAAUGUCACGGAGAAGGUCACCCAGGUCCUCUCUCUGGGUGCGGACGUGCUGCCCGAGUACAAGCUGCAGGCGCCACGCAUCCACCGCUGGACCAUCCUGCACUACAGUCCCUUCAAGGCUGUGUGGGACUGGCUCAUCCUGCUGCUGGUCAUCUACACAGCUGUAUUCACGCCCUACUCGGCUGCCUUCCUGCUGAAGGAGACGGAAGAGGCCCCCCCGGCUUCUGACUGCGGCUAUGCCUGCCAGCCACUGGCUGUGGUGGACCUCAUUGUGGACAUAAUGUUCAUCGUGGACAUCCUCAUCAACUUCCGCACCACUUAUGUCAAUGCUAAUGAGGAGGUGGUCAGCCACCCCGGCCGCAUAGCUGUCCACUACUUCAAAGGCUGGUUUCUCAUCGACAUGGUGGCCGCUAUCCCCUUUGACCUGCUCAUCUUUGGCUCAGGCUCUGAGGAGCUGAUUGGGCUCCUGAAGACCGCGAGGCUGCUGCGGCUGGUGCGUGUGGCACGAAAGCUGGACCGCUACUCGGAGUACGGGGCGGCCGUGCUCUUCCUGCUCAUGUGCACCUUUGCACUCAUUGCACACUGGCUGGCCUGCAUCUGGUACGCCAUUGGCAACAUGGAGCAGCCAAACAUCGACUCCCAUAUCGGCUGGCUGCACAACCUGGGAGCCCAGAUUGGCAAGCCGUACAACAGCAGUGGCCUGGGUGGCCCUUCCAUCAAGGACAAGUACGUCACGGCGCUCUAUUUCACCUUCAGCAGCCUCACCAGCGUUGGCUUUGGCAAUGUCUCCCCCAACACCAACUCAGAGAAGAUCUUCUCCAUCUGUGUCAUGCUCAUUGGCUCCCUCAUGUACGCUAGCAUCUUCGGCAACGUGUCGGCCAUCAUCCAGCGGCUGUACUCGGGCACGGCCCGCUACCACACACAGAUGCUCCGGGUGCGGGAGUUCAUCCGCUUCCACCAGAUCCCCAACCCACUGCGCCAGCGCCUCGAGGAGUACUUCCAGCACGCCUGGUCCUACACCAACGGCAUUGACAUGAAUGCGGUGCUGAAGGGCUUCCCCGAGUGCCUGCAGGCCGACAUCUGCCUGCACCUGAACCGCUCGCUGCUGCAGCACUGCAAGCCCUUCCGUGGGGCCACCAAGGGCUGCCUGAGGGCUCUGGCCAUGAAGUUCAAGACCACACAUGCACCGCCAGGGGACACGCUGGUGCACGCUGGGGACCUGCUCACUGCCCUGUAUUUCAUCUCCCGGGGCUCCAUCGAGAUCCUGCGGGGCGACGUCGUCGUGGCCAUCCUGGGGAAGAAUGACAUCUUCGGAGAGCCACUGAAUCUGUAUGCGAGGCCUGGCAAGUCCAACGGGGAUGUGCGGGCCCUUACCUACUGCGACCUGCACAAGAUCCAUCGGGACGACCUGCUGGAGGUGCUAGAUAUGUACCCCGAGUUCUCAGACCACUUCUGGUCCAGCCUGGAGAUCACCUUCAACCUGCGAGAUACCAACAUGAUCCCGGGUUCCCCAGGCAGCACGGAGUUAGAGGGCGGCUUCAGUCGGCAACGCAAGCGCAAGCUGUCCUUCCGUAGGCGCACGGACAAGGGUGAGGUGGGGGAGGGGAGGGGAGGAAUGUUGGAGACCCGAUUGAGUGCUGACAUGGCCACCGUCCUGCAGCUGCUACAGAGGCAGAUGACACUGGUCCCACCCGCCUACAGUGCUGUGACCACCCCGGGGCCUGGCCCCACCUCCACCUCCCCUCUGCAGCCUGUCAGCCCCAUCCCCACCCUCACCCUAGACUCGCUUUCUCAGGUUUCCCAGUUCAUGGAGUGUGAGGAGCUCCCCCAAGGGGGCCCAGAGCUCUCCCAAGAUGGACCCACUCGACGCCUCUCCCUGCCGGGCCAGCUGGGGGCCCUCACCUCCCAGCCCCUGCACAGACAUGGCUCAGACCCCGGCAGUUAGUGGGGUUGCCCAGUGUGGACACGUGGCUCACCCAGGGAUCAGGACACCGCCUGGGCCUCUCCCCUCAGAGGCUCUGCUCAGGAAGCCCUGACCAUGGAAGAGGAGAGGAACAGCUCCUCCUCCAGCCCUUGGGACCAUCUCCUCCUGCAGUCCCCUGGGCCCCAGUGAGAGGGGCAGGGGCAGGGUCGGCAGUGGAUGGGGGCCUGUGGUCCCCCCACUGCCCUGAGGGCAUUAGCUGGUCUAACUGCCCGGAGGCACCCGGCCCUGGGCCUUAGGCACCUCAAGAACUUUUCUGCUAUUUACUGCUCUUAUUGUUAAGGAUAAUAAUUAAGGAUCAUAUGAAUAAUUAAUGAAGAUGCUGAUGACUAUGAAUAAUAAAUAAUUAUCCUGAGGAGA